AGCGAGGCACAAUGGGAGGGAGAAUUAAGGCGGGUCCGUACACAGUGGCCCCUUUUACCUUAACAAAAGAGAUAAACAUAACUUAAAGGAUCAAAAUUGAACAAAAUGUGAAAACAUGAGAGUUGAUAUCGACAUUGUAUUAAGCGAUACGCCACAGAACCUGACCCUCGACUUCAGAGAUCUAUCAACAUCAAUGUAUCUAACGGAUUCUUACGUCAACAAGAGUCUCGAGAUAAACGAGACGAUCAACGAUCUGGUCUACUCGAAUCAAUUCGAGGAUGACCCGAUCAUCGUGUUCUUUAUCAUUCUGAAGUGUAUCACAAUGCUCUUCAUAAUACUGGCUGCGAUAUUUGGUAAUUUGCUUGUGAUCGUAUCAGUCAUGAGACACAGGAAAUUGAGAGUGAUCACCAACUAUUUUGUCGUAUCGCUCGCGUUGGCGGAUAUGUUGGUUGCAAUAUGGGCUAUGUGCUUCAACUUUAGCGUCGAAAUCACAAAUGGACAAUGGCUUUUUGGAUACUUUAUGUGCGACGUCUGGAAUUCUCUGGACGUUUAUUUUUCAUCAGCAUCAAUAUUGCAUUUAUGUUGCAUAAGCGUUGACAGAUACUACGCCAUUGUUCAACCUUUGGACUACCCAUUGAUUAUGACGACCAGCAAGUUGGGCAUCAUGUUGGCGGUGGUGUGGUGCAGCCCCGCGUUGGUUUCGUUUCUACCUAUAUUUAUGGGAUGGUACACGACGCUUGAACAUCUGGACUUUCGGAAAAGGCACCCAAAAGUGUGCAGUUUCACGGUGAAUAGAGUGUACGCAGUGAUAUCCAGCAGUGUCAGUUUUUGGAUCCCGGGUGUGAUAAUGCUCUACAUGUACUAUCGGAUUUAUGUAGAGGCAGAUCGUCAAGAACGGAUGCUUUACAGGAGCAAAGUAGCGGCGUUACUCUUGGACAAGCACUUGCAAAUCAACGGGAUCUCGGUAGGCGAUGUGAUGAGAGAACGCCAGAGUAUUCAGAUGCAGCCAAUGGCGAGCAAUAAAAUGAAGAGAGAAAGGAAAGCAGCACGGACUCUUGGGAUCAUCAUGAGCGCAUUCUUGGCUUGCUGGCUGCCGUUUUUCUUAUGGUACAUAAUAACUGCUCUCUGUGGCGAGUCGUGUCCGUCACCACCACCGGUUGUGGCUGCAGUCUUCUGGGUUGGAUACUUCAACUCGGCUCUAAAUCCAUUAAUUUACGCGUAUUUCAACAGGGAUUUCCGAGCAGCAUUCAGGAAGACUUUAGACUCAUGUUGCAGAUCGAUAUGUGGUAACUUCGGUCGUCGCUACUGUCACCAGAUGCACCGUCGCGACCACCACUCAAACGCAUCAUCGGACAUCCACAUGAACAACUGCAUCAAGUCGACUUCAGCUGACGUACUCCGAGCACACCAGCCGUCAUGUUCAAGACCCGAAGACAUUAAUAUUGGAAGUUAAUUUAAUUGGUAUAAAGAGUUGGUUGUGAGCUUUGAGAUCUUGUAUAUUUAUAUAUU